GACGCGACAUUGACUGUCUGUCAUGGCGUAAAGAAGUGUACAUUUCUGUGCACAGUAAAACAAAAAUAAUGAUUCUCAGACGAUUUAUUUUGCGAUUGUGCUGUAAAAACUUUUGUUUAAGAUAUAAAGUAUCAUGAUUAAAGUGUGCUAGUUAUAUUUAGGCGUAAGUGUGCGUUAAAAUGGACAAGAAAAAUGCCAUUAGGAGAGCCAAGAGGCCGUCUAAAGUGCUCGAAGAAAAUUAUUGGGAUUGCAGCGUUUGUACGUACAGAAAUAAUGCGGAAGCCUUCAAAUGUUCAAUGUGCGACGUUAGAAAAGGCACAUCAACCCGCAAGCCGCGGAUCAACCCGGCCCUGGUUGCGGCGCAGGCAGCUGGUACUGCGCCCACCAGCUCGCAGAAGAGGCCCCGCUCUGCCAACUCUCUCAAGAAGAAACGGAGGCCGCCGCGGCUGAGUAAUGUGGAUAGAAGCUCUGCGCAGACUAGAGAGGUGACCGUCAGUGGGGUAACUGUUGUUAUAACUGAAUACAAGCCCAAGAAAUCUGUGUCGAGCAGUUCGAGUGAUGUGGAGUCUUCGAAUGACGCGAGACCCUGACUCUCGGCCGCGUUGGCACUCGCACCAACGACCCAAUCAUAGACUUUGACUAGUUCCAGUAGCAGUGUUUUGUUUUACAGAUUUUAAUUCCUAUCCCUCCCUUCGAAAUAUUUAUUAAGAUUGUCCGUAUUUGUAGAUGAAUUUCUAUGUAUAUUCCAGUAGAUACUGUGUAUGUUUUCAUUUUUUAUCUAUUAAUAUUGUAACGCAAUGGUGUGUCUGAUUUAAGCAAUAAUUUGACAGCUCAAACGCAUUUAAAUCGUCUGAGCAUGACCUUUAUAUUUUUAAUUUUCUUAUGAAUUCGACAAGAUAUUUUCGAAAAGGUGUGAUCAAAAUAGAAAUGUAAGCAUAGUUGGUUGAAAUAUCGCUUUUCGAAAUCGUAACUAAGCUUUACUUAAUGCCAUUAAAUAUUUCGAAAACUGUAACUUAUCUUAGGAGUAGGUUUUUUUCAUUGAUUACAAAUUUUGUAAAGGAUUGAUGUACAUAUUGAUGAGACCAGCUGGUCACUGCCAAAAGAUGAAUUGUAAAUAAAAAUGAUGAAGAUGCGGCGGUUAAUAUGUAGUAGUUUUGAAUAUUUUCUUAUAUUAAAUGAGCCGGGUGCUCUGUCUAAA